GGUCUGCAGGAGGUUCUAGAGGAACAUAAGAUCAGUCUGAGGAGGAGAUGUGAACGUGUGACUGAAGGAAGUGAUGAACCAGGAAGUAGAACCCUCCUCAACAGGAUCUACACUGAUCUCUACAUCACAGAGGGACAGAGUGAAGAGGUUAAUACCCAACAUGAGGUGAAGCAGCUGGAGAGAGCUUCCAGGAUCCAGAACCUCCAUGACUCUCCAAUCAGGUGCCACGACAUCUUCAAAGCCUUACCUGACCAACAUGAACCCAUCAGAGUGGUUCUGACCAAUGGCGUUGCUGGUGUUGGAAAAACCUUCUCAGUGCAGAAGUUCACUCUGGACUGGGCCGAGGGCUUGGAGAACCAAGAUGUCCGUGUGGUGGUUCUGCUGUCGUUCAGGGAGCUGAACCUGAUCAGAGGUGAGCAGCACAGUCUUCUCACUCUGCUCCAUGUUUUCCAUCCAACCCUCCAGAAGCUCCCAGUAGAGCAGCUGGCUGCCCAGAAACUUCUCUUCAUCUUUGAUGGCCUAGAUGAAAGCAGACUUUCUCUGGACUUCAACCACAGUCGGCUGGUUUCUGACGUCACACAGAAGUCAUCAGUCAACGUUCUGCUGACAAACCUCAUCAAGGGGAACCUGCUUCCCUCAGCUCUGGUCUGGAUCACCUCCAGACCUGCAGCGGCCAAUCAGAUCCCUCCUUCAUGUGUUGCCAGGGUAACAGAGGUACGAGGCUUCACCGACGCCCAGAAGGAGGAGUACUUCAGGAGGAGGUUCAGUGAUGAAGAGCUGUCCAGCAGAAUCAUAACCCACAUCAAGACCUCCAGGAGCCUCCACAUCAUGUGUGGAAUCCCAGUCUUCUGCUGGAUCACUGCUACUGUUCUGGAGAACAUGUUGACCACAGAACCGAGAGGAGAGUUGCCCAAGACCAUGACUGACAUGUACUCUCACUUCCUGCUGGUCCAGAUCAGAAAGAAGAAAAACAAGUACCAUGAAGGACAUGGGAGGAGUCCAAAGGGGCUGGUGGAGGCCAACAGGGAAGUUCUGCUGAAGCUGGGUAGGCUGGCGUUAGAACAUCUAGAGAAAGGAAACAUCAUGUUCUACCAAGAAGACCUGCAGCAGUGUGGUCUGGAUGUAACAGAGGCCUCAGUGUACUCAGGAGUUUGUACAGAGAUCUUCAAGAGAGAGAGUGUGAUGUUCCAGAAAGCAGUCUACUGCUUUGUUCAUCUGAGCAUUCAGGAGUUUCUGGCUGCAGUCUACAUGUUCCACUGCUUCACCAGCAGGACCACAGAGGUGAUGGAGAAGUUCCUGGGGGGACACUAUUACUCCCUGCAUGACUUCUUAGAGAGAAUCAUGGAGAAAUCCCUCUUCAGUAAAAAUGGCCACCUGGACCUGUUUGCUCGCUUCCUUCAUGGCCUCUCUGUGGAGUCCAACCAGAGACUGUUGGGAGGCCUGCUGGGUCAGACAGAGAACAGUCCAGAAGCCAUCCAGAAAGUCAUUGACAACCUGAAGGAGAUGAACACUGAUUAUGUCUCUCCUGACAGAAGCAUCAACAUCUUCCACUGUCUGGUGGAGAUGAAGGACCUCUCAGUUUUUCAGGAGAUCCAACAGUUCCUGAAAUCAGAGAACAGAUCAGAGAAGCUCUCAGAGAUCCAGUGCUCAGCUCUGGCCUUCAUGCUGCAGAUGUCAGAGGAGGUUCUGGAUGAGUUGGACCUGAAGAAGUACAACACAACAGAGAAGGGACGACUGAGACUGAUUCCAGCUGUGAGGAACUGCAGAAAGGCUCGACUUGUGGGCUGUAGUCUAUCAGUGACUGCAUGUGAAGUUGUGGCCUCAGCUGUGAACUCCAACCCCUCCCAUCUGACUCAACUGGAAAUCGAUGACAUUCAUAAUGUAGGGAGAACCUUUGGAGACCCUGAGAUGAAGCGUCUCUGUGAGAUCCUGGAGACUCCAAUCUGUAAAGUAAAGAAGCUGAGACUGAGGAGCUGCAGGUUGUCAGAGAUCAGCUGUACGCAUUUGGUCUUUGCUUUGAAGUCCAACCCCUCCCAUCUGACAGAACUGGACUUGAGCGGAAACCAAGACCUGAAAGAUGCUGGAGUGAAGGAGCUCUGUGGUUUUCUCCAGAAUCCCCUCUUCAAACUACAGAUAUUGAGAUUGAGGAGUUGCAGUUUGUCAGAGAUCAGCUGUUCUUCUGUGGUAUUGGCCCUGAAGUCCAACCCCUCCCAUCUGACAGAACUGGACAUGAGCGAGAAUGAAGACCUGAAAGAUGCUGGAGUAGCAGAAGACAGCACCACCUGUGAAUAG